CUGGGCCGGGUCAUCGGGCGGCUGCGCGACGCCGGAAUCGCCGUCCUCUUCAUCACCCACAAGCUGCACGAGGCGGUGAGCUUCGGCGACCGGGUGACGGUGCUCCGGCAGGGACGCAAGGUCGGCUCCCUCGCGCCGGAAAUGCUCGCCGGGCUCGCGCCGCAGGAGGCGAUCGACCAUAUCGUCGAUCUCAUGUUCGGCGCCGCGGCCGACGGGACUGUGCCGGAACGGAGCCGCGCAGGGCGGGAGGCCGCGCCGGGCAAACGUGUGGCGAUCGAGGUGAACGGCCUCCGCCCGGCUGGCAGCCCGGCAGCGGCCGGCGAUGGCGCUGUGAGCUUCGCGGUACGUGAAGGGGAAAUCUUCGGGAUCGCGGGCGUGGACGGCAACGGCCAGAAACAGCUUGCCGAGGCGAUCGCCGGCCAGCGCCCCGCCGAUGCAGGCAGCAUCGUGCUCGACGGCGAGGCGAUCGAGGGGCUGAGCGUGCGCCAGCGCCAGCACGCGGGGCUGCGCUACGUCACCGACGACCGGCUCGGCGAGGGCACGGUGUCCGCCUUCCCGGUCGGCCUCAACCUGCUGUUGAAGCGCAUCGGCGACGCGCCGUUCUGGCGCCACGGCAUCAUCCGCAACGCCGAGGUUGAACGCCACGCGCGCGCGCUCAUCGCCGAGCACGAUGUCCGUGUGCCGGGGCCCGGAACCCCGCUCGGGCACCUCUCCGGCGGCAACGUGCAGAAGGCGCUGCUCGCCCGCGAGCUCGACAACCAGCCCAUGGCCGUCAUCUACAACAAGCCCACGUAUGGGCUCGACCUGAACAAUAUCCGCCGCGCCCGGCUGGCGAUCUGCGAGCGCGCCGACCUGGGGGUCGCGACGAUCCUGAUUUCGACGGACCUGGACGAGAUCCUCGAGCUUGCGGACCGCAUCGGCGUCAUGCUCGACGGCCGCAUGGUCGGCAUCGUGGAGAAUGACGGCGAUGCGGCGCGGCGGGUCGGCGAGCUCAUGAUCGGGGUCGGCUCCUAG